AGCAGAGAUAAUGUAGCCUCCCAGUUCCUUUGCACCCCGUUGUUUCCCUCUUGUGUGUGUGUGCAUCCGUGCAUGCAUGUGUGUGUGUGUGUGUGUCUGACCGCCUGCCUGCAGACGAAAAAAGAAGGUAAUAUCGAUUGCUUUAAUCUCUUUAUGAAGCUUUUGAUAAAUCAGCUGUUCACAGAGGCAUCAGCUAACAAUGGCUCACCGUCUGUUUGAGGGCAAGAAGCAUGCAGCUUCUUACUUAAAGUACAGGGUCUCUCCAUCAGAACAUCUUAUACAACAGGUCCUUGGAUUCCUGGAAAAACGGAAAGCUCGUCCCUUUGAGCUGGCAGUGGAUGUGGGUUGUGGCUCGGGACAGGGCACUCAGCUGCUGGCCCAACACUUUGCCUCUGUGGUGGGGACAGAUGUGAGUCCUGCCCAGCUGGAUUUGGCUUUGCAGUAUGCUCUGGAGGCAAACAUCACAUAUAGAGAGUGUGCGGCUGAGGAGCUGCCAUUUGCUGACAGCUCAGUGGACCUGGUGACGGUUCUGACUGCGUUCCACUGGUUUGACAGGCCACGCUUUCUCCUGGAGGCCCACAGAGUCCUGAAGCCCUGCGGCUGCUUGGCUCUGCUCAGCUACACCAUGGACAUGGAGCUCAGCUACGAGGGCUGCUGCUCGCAAACACUCAACCAGGUCUGCACAGAGUUUUAUGCAGCUUUAAAACUUUACCGCGACCCUCAUCUUGGUCCCAGCUCUAUUGAGUUGUACCGGGCGGCAUAUGAAUCCAUCGCUUACCCGGACAAGGAGUGGCAAGAGUGUGUGAGAGUGAGAAAGGCCAUGCCUCUGUCCGGCUACAUGGGGAUGGUGGAGUCUUUCUCCAGUUAUCAGAUUCUGCUGAGAGAGGACCCGCAGAAGGCCGCACAACUCUCCCAGGACAUUUGUCAAAAGCUGAUGUCCGUGAUGCAGGUGACCUCAGCAGAGGCAGAGGUGGUGGUGGCUGUGAAGUAUUACUACGUGCUGGCCUGUAAACCAGAGGAGGCCUGAGUCCGACCGCCUCUCACACUUUCAACACCGGUCAUGAACGUCAUGGACACAGGAAAUCCAUGUGUGAGGUUGUUUUAUAAAAUACCACUAGAGGGUGACACUUGA